AUGAAUGGCACCAACCAUCCAAAUGCUCAGUAUAUGGCAGGUAUUUCUAAUUCAACAAAGUUAAUCUGCGGUGGCACCAUUAUUCAUAAAGACUUUGUAUUAACGGCUGCUCAUUGCACCUAUGGAAAUAAAGACACGCUGUUCGUGAGACUUGGAGCGUACAACAUUAAUCACCCGACCGAUCUGAUUCGUGUAAGUUAUAGUAUCUCCCAUCCAGAAUUCAACAAAACCAACUUCGUUAACGAUAUUGCGCUGCUAAGGUUGGAGAGGAGUGUGCAUUUUUCGUUCUAUAUACAAGCAAUAUGCAUUUUAAUGGACAACAUUAUAGCAAAUCAAAUAAGGCGGUUUACUGCGCUUGGCUGGGGAAAAACCCAAAAAGCCAAGCAAAGCGAUUUUCUUCAAGUCGUUUCGCUGAACCGAACGGAUCCAAACGAUUGUUAUUAUAUGAUGGGUCUAUAUCCGGAUCCGAAACAGAUUUGCGCGAAAAGCUACGGAGAUACAUGUACCGGCGAUUCUGGCGGUCCGUUGAUAUCCAAAAUUGGCACCAGAACACGGAUUUUCGACACGCAAUCCGGCAUCAUCAGUUUUGGAACUGCUGAAUGCGGUGGAGUGGGGAUGUAUACCGAUGUGUCGCCGUAUGUCGGCUGGAUUGCACAAACCAUUGGGAUUAAUCCAGGUGACAAGGUGAGAAGGAAAGUCAACGAUGUGUUCCUGUAUGAGGACUGCACUGGACAUGACAUGGACUCCAUUCUUAUGGCAACCAUUUAUGGACUUCAUUUCAGCGCGAAGGGUGUGCUGGUCACCGAUCGCCAUGUGCUGACGAUUGCAGACGUUUCUCGAGAAAGCCCCUAUUCCUUGGCCAUUGAAGUGAUGGGCACGGGAUUCCGAGCCAACGCGUUUUUUAAACAGCCCAACGACAUUGGUAUAGUACUGAUUCACCUGACGAAUCGCUUACAAUUUAGAGGGGCCUUGAAACCGAUCUGUAUUCUGGAAACUGCCAAUUUCGAUGGUUCCUUAAGUAUCACUGGCCUAAUGCCAUAUGGCUCAAGCAAUUACGUCACCCAUGUGGAGAGCCUUUAUUGGAAGUGGUGUGAAUAUCAGUUGGGGAAAAAUAUCAAAGCGAAUCAGUUUUGUGUGAAAAACAUUUAUGGACAAAAUUCACUUCAGAACUUUGGAACAACUGGCGACAUAUUGGUAAAGGAAGUAUCGAAUGCUUCGGGCAUGCGGCAUAUCGUUCUAUUGGGCUUGGUAGACUUUUCGGUUAAUGGCGUAUACGUAAUAACAAGUGCAAUGGCACAUGCAAAAUGGAUUUCGGAAACAUUAAACCAGACUUAA